UUGGUGAGUGAAACUUGGGGUGCUGCCUGCUGGGAAAGAAACCUGGAAAACAGGGAGGACACUGUGGGGGUGACCCAGGCUUUGUCAGAUCCUGAGACUUUUGGAAUCUUGUGUGCUGGGUGGUGGUGGUGAAUGAACUUGGAUGUGCCUUCCUUUACCUCAAAACUGUAAAGGAAACAAGCCGCUUGACACACUUGAGGCCGCAUGACCAUCCAGGGAAGUGGGGAGCCACUUCUGAAUUCAGAGUAGGACUCACCAGCAGAUACCUGUUCUGCUGAGCCUGAACAGACUGUGGCUUCUGAGGAAACCCUCAGCCCCCACACCUGAGAGUCUAAGCAGUGUCAGGAAGCAGCCCCAGAAUUUGGGGGCUCAUUACACACCCCAGCCAUGUUCCUGCGACAGCUUGGUGGCUGGCUACCUCGCCCCUGGGGCCGCUGGAAAUCAACGAGGCCUGACCUGCCCGCCCCAGAACCCAGACGGAUGGACAGCUCCUCUGAGAAUUCAGGGAGUGACUGGGACAGUGCCCCAGAAACCAUGGGAGACCUGGGGCCUCCCAAGACCAAGGACUCAGGUGCACAGAGGAGCUCUGGGGCUGCUCCAGAACCAAGCAGGGAGUCCCAAGUUGAGCAACUAGGGUGCAAAAGAAUGGAUUCUCUCAAGUGGGACAAGACUAUCUCUAGCACUCAAGAGUCUAGGAGAUUGGAGGCUGGAGAGACCAUUCCCAAACUAGGAUGGGAUCCUGUGGACUCAGGUGGCACCAGGAAGCCUGGUGUGUCCCCUGCAGAGGGACUGGGCCCCCUUGGGCCUGAAGCCCCAGCGGAGAAGCCUGGCCAGCGUCAGAAGCUGCUGGGCUGGCUGCGGGGGGAAACAGGUGGGGGAGCAGGGGCUCCCUACCAGUACCUGGGGGACCCAGAGGAGUGUCUGCAGAUCUCCACCAACCUGACCCUGCAUCUGCUGGAGCUCCUGGCCUCAGCCCUGCUAGGGCUGUGCUCAAGGCCCUUGCGGGCAGCCUUGGACGCGUUGGGCCUGCGUGGACCGCUGGGCCUCUGGCUGCAUGGGCUCCUGUCCUUCCUGGCUGCCCUGCAUGGGCUCCAUGCUGUGCUGAGCCUACUUACCGCUCACCCCCUGCACUUUGCCUGCCUCUUUGGUCUUCUACAGGCCCUGGUGCUGGCUGUCAGCCUCCGGGAGCCCAGUGGGGAUGGGGAGGCCACUGACUUGGAGGGUGAGAAGUUGGGGAGGGAGGGUGAGGAGCAAAGGGGAGACCCAGGAAAGAGGCUGUGACCACGGGGUGGGGUGUGGCCCAGGGUCCCACCCUCAGUGGGUUGGGAGCAAGGGUGAAGAUAGCGUGGGGGCACAAUCCACAUUGUAAGCACAGGGACCUCAGGGAUGGGGCAGAAACCCCGGAGUAUGAGGGCACAGAGCACCCCUUCACACACAGGAGAGCUGUUUAGGGUGUCUGUGUUUAUGGACAGUGGGGGCAUUGGCCUUGAAUUCACCAGCUGUUAAUUUUUGCUUUUACAUUUCUCCCACUUCCAGUUUUUUCCCACCUCCGCUUUUUAAAAACAAAAACGAAAAAAAAAUAAAAAAAUAAAAGAAAAUGUGUGGUGGUGGAGAAUAAAGACUAAAGGGUCUUCUCUACCUUUCAAAACUCUCCAGGGGUGGAGGAGACUAGCGGCAAGACAGACAGACCUCUGGGUGGGGUAAGAGGGUGGUUGAGAGACUCAAGGGAUCCUGUGGAUCCUGGGAUCUGUGCUAUCUGGGGAAGAGUGGCACUGCUAGGUGGGUGGAUUAGGGGGUCUGGAUGAGGUUCCCACAGGUGAUGGGGAGCCUGCAGGGGGAUCUGGAUGUUCCUAGGAGCCAGAGGGAGUGGGGAUAGUGCCGGCAGGAGGGCCAGCUCAGAGGGGCUGGCAGCUCACAGGCAGCAUGGGGAGCACUGGAGUUUGCAGACCCCACUGGGGGGUUGGCUUUGCUCACUCAGCAAUAAAUAACUGUGUCACACCAAAUCCUAAAUACACCACUAAAAGUGAGAGUUA